UUUCAGUCGAGUUUUUGCCACCGAACUGAACGGUUCUUCUUCUUCGUACUCGUCUUUUUGCAUUUUCCGUUGUGAUUUGUUGUUCGCGUACGCACAGCAUGUAAACACCGAGGGGCAAAACGAAGCACAAAUCAUAUUAACGAAACGAAACUAGCAUGCUGUAAAACGAGUGAUCUCCCUUCAUUAAUCAUUUAUAAUUAAUCAAGGCGCCAAAAUUAACUCGCGCCAAAUUUUGCAAAAAAGAGGGCAGCACAAGUGCAAACACACACGCUCAAGUUUGUGUUGGUGUGUAUAUAUUUUUGGCGUGCGCGGCCAUUUUUUCCUUAGCUCUCAAGUCUGCAUUUGUGUGAGUGCGUGCUUAGUGUACUCGAAAUUAGUAAGAGAAAACGUAAAAAGUGCAAAUGGACAAAAUUUAUAAAAAAAAGUAUUUGGAGUUGUUUACCUAGAUAUCGCAAAUAUCUUUAAAUCGAUGAGUGUAACGGCUAUUAUCAAAUCUGCACGCCUAAAUAUUAUUGCUCUAUUCGCAUGCAGCACGAAAGGUGAAAACAAAAUCGCAAAAAGGUGAGAAGUUGUGAAAGGAUAGCGGGAGGCAACGCAAAUAUUCGUCGCCACACUUCCUUCCCCACUAAUAGGUCAGGCAGAACACGUGCUUUUACUACGAAAAUAUCAACAGAAACGCGCGCAAAAAGAGAAGACAACAAUAACAACUGCUAUUUCCAAUUGCAUAAAAUCCAAACGACAAAAAAAGAGAAUAAGCCAAGAAGUUGUGUAAGCCGCGUUUCGAUUUCAUUUUAGUUGCAAUCGUUGCCCGGCUCGGUUACGCUCUCUUUCUCUCCAAUCUCUGUUAAAGCGCUUGCUUUUGAAAAGGCCACAAUCUGGACGCUCGUACGAUCGCCUAUCGACCGCUGAACCUAGGCGGGCAGCCGCUUAUGGCUGCCGAAUUGCCAACGACGACGCCGAACGGCGCUGCCCUCGGCGCUGGUGGCGACUAUCAUCUGCAUCGAUCAAUUGAUCAGCUGCGCACGCUUAGUCAUCUCACUCAGCAGCAGCUAGUCCAUGACUACAAGCCCUUCAACAUCAGCGAGUUUCGUCAGAACGUUGAACGUUUGGACUACUCACGUAAGAACGGACUGGUGCAACAGCAGCAAAUACUUAUCGACCAACAGCAACAGCAGCAACCGCAACAGCAGCAUCAGCAAUCUCAUCAGCAUGAUCCCGAGCAGCAGCAGCAGCAACAGCAACAACAGCAGUUGCUUCAUCAGCCGCAGCUAAAGGGCAACUACAGUGCUCCAAGCUCGCCGCCAACCCCUACUCAGCUCAGCGAACACCAGGAGCAAAAGUACGAUCCGAGUCGUUCGCCUUCUCGGCAGCAAGGCGGUAGUAAUGGUAGCAACGGCUCAUCGCCCGAGGAUCAGCGCCAAGGCGGGGAGCAGACCAAGCCAUACAAAUGCGCCUCAUGCAGUAAAUCUUUUGCCAACUCAUCCUACUUGUCGCAGCAUACGCGCAUCCAUCUCGGCAUCAAACCGUACCGCUGCGAGAUUUGCCAGCGCAAGUUUACGCAGCUCUCGCACCUGCAGCAGCAUAUACGUACGCACACGGGCGACAAACCUUACAAAUGUCGGCAUACAGGGUGCCCCAAGGCCUUCUCUCAGUUGUCUAAUCUGCAGUCGCAUUCGCGCUGCCAUCAGACGGACAAACCGUUCAAAUGCAACUCGUGCUACAAGUGCUUCGGCGAUGAGGUAACGCUGCUCGAACACAUACCCAAGCACAAGGACUCGAAGCAUCUGAAGACGCACAUUUGCCAGCUGUGCGGCAAGUCCUACACGCAGGAGACCUAUUUGCAAAAGCAUUUGCAAAAACAUGCUGAAAAGGCCGAGAAACAACAACAACGACACACGACGCCGACCUCCAAUUUGCAACAGCAUGUGCCAGCGGGUGGCAUUGGGCUGAAUCUGCAAAGGCAGGCGAUGAAUGAUGCUAAUGCCGCGUAUUGGGCUAAAAUGGGCGUUGAUAGUGCCGCCGCCACGCUGGCCGAGGCCAUACAGCAGCAGUUGCCGCAAGCUAAUAGCAGUUCCUAUGCCAACUUUGCGACACUACAACAGCAUCAGCAGCAGCAACAACAGCAACAGCAGCAGGAACUGCUACAGCAGCAUCAUCAACGUUUGGCCAAUGGCGGUGGAGAUACGCCUGGUCACUCGCACAGCCCUCAUGACGAAGCUGGCGAGGAUCUAGUGUUGCGUCAGAGUACGCCACAGCAUCAUAUACAACAGCAACAGCAGCAACAGCAGCAUCAGCAGCAGCAGCAACAUGCGACGCAUGCUCAUUCACCCGGACCGGGUACCUCUGCCUUUACUCCGCUGAGCGCCACUGUUGCACCACCGCCCACGCAUUUGCAACAGCAUCGAGCACCACCAUCAGCUACUGCCGCCUACCUGUAUCAGCAGAAUGCAGCUGCUGCUGCUGCCGCCGCCGCCUUCCCCACUCAGCUAAUCUCACUUCAUCAGAUACGCAACUAUGCCCAUCAACCGGGCGCAGGCCUUCUGCCCAGCGAUCAUUUGGCUUUGGGUCUCAGUACCGUGGCCAAGGAGAAGGCCCAAUAGUAUCGGGCGAUUGGCCAUAAAAGGCAGCCAAAAGAACCACAGCUACGAUGACAGCGAAUGCAGCUUAAGUUAAGUUAAAGUUAAGUUAGGCUUAGCUUGGGCUGAUUUAAAGAAGGGUCACCUGUUGAUGUCUGGUUUCCUCUAUUCAACUCCGAUGUAGCUGGACAGUACGACUAAAACACAUUGUAGCCAAGUCGGCAACUGUGCUGCCACAUCGAAGCAUAUGCACAGAUUUAGGAACUCCACACUGCCUCAAAUAAAAUAUACCUAUAUAACGUGACAGAUACAUACAGCAAACCAGGCUUUGGCAGACAUACCCCGCACAGAAACUACUUGAAAAUUAUUUUUAAAGCAAACUCAGGUUUUUCAUUUAGCUUUUAGAACUCACUAUUUAUAUUUAAUUAAACUAUAAGCAAUAUUUACAAGCAAGUUAAAAACAAACACAAAAAACUCUAUUCAACUUGAAAAUUCUUUCGUUUCCAGUUGCGAACAGUUUUUUGUUUAUGAUAGUUCGUAAGCCUGUACAACAACCUAUAAUAUAUAGGGUAUCAUAGGUGCCGUACAAAGUACUGCGAUAGUUAUAUAUCCACAAAUAAAUAAUGUACAUAUUAUAAUUAAUAAUAAUGUGCUGUACAAGUCAACGUAUCAACGUAGUUAAUACAAUCAACAAUUUGUAUGUAUAAAUCAAGUAUAGGAUAUUUUUUAUAUUUAAGCGAUAUGUAAGCGGAA